ACCAUCGGGCUGGGAGGUGACAUUUACCAAAUGUUGGCCAAGAUGAGGUCGGUUUUGUUGACUUCCCUCAGCUUUGUGCUGACAGGGUUAGUUAUCGGUAAUGCCUAUUAUCAAAAGAAGCAAUUCUACCCGUCGGUUGUGUAUAUCACGAAGUCGAACCCGAGUAUGGCGGUUCUCUAUGUUCAGGCUUUUGUUUUCGUUAUACUGAUGGGAAAGUUUAUGAGAAAACUGUUCUUUGGUCAGCUGAGGGCUGCAGAAAUGGAGCAUUUGAUUGAACGAUCAUGGUAUGCGGUAACAGAGACUUGUCUGGCCUUCACAGUGUUCAGAGAUGACUUUAGCCCACGUUUUGUGGCCCUCUUCACACUUUUACUGUUUUUAAAGUGCUUCCAUUGGCUGGCAGAGGAUCGGGUGGAUUAUAUGGAGAGGAGCCCAGUCAUUUCAUUUAUCUUUCAUACAAGAGUCAUAUGUUUAUUGUCAGCCUUGGGCCUUCUAGAUUUAUAUUUUGUUAACCAUGCGUACUACAGCACAUUGUUGAAGGGGGCAUCUGUGCAAUUAGUGUUUGGCUUUGAGUAUGCCAUUUUGUUGACAGUUGUAUUUAUGACAUUUAUGAAGUACAUACUUCAUACAAUAGACUUACAAAGUGAAAAUCCAUGGGAAAAUAAAGCUGUCUAUCUUCUGUAUACAGAGCUCAGUAUGGGUUUGAUCAAGGUGGUGUUGUAUAUAGUAUUUAUGACCAUUAUGAUCAAAGUUCACACCUUCCCUCUGUUUGCCAUCAGGCCCAUGUAUCUGGCCAUGAGGUCUUUCAAGAAGGCAUUGCAUGAUGUUAUUAUGUCUCGCCGUGCUAUCCGAAAUAUGAAUCAGCUCUACCCUGACGCCACAGCAGAAGAGUUGAAUUCUGGGGACAAUGUAUGUAUUAUCUGUAGGGAGGAGAUGGUGACAGCCUGUAAAAAACUGCCGUGUAAUCACAUUUUCCACACCAGCUGUCUGCGCUCCUGGUUCCAGCGUCAGCAGACUUGUCCAACAUGUCGCCUGGACGUUUUGCGUAUGCCUCGCCCCCAGCCUGCUCCUGCCCCUGCUCCUCCACAGCAACCUCAAGUGCCUCCAAACUUUAAUAACAUGUUCUUUGAUAUGAACAUGUGGAUGCAGGGUGGGAUGCCUCCUCCACCAGCGCCCCCUGGUGGUCAGCCAGCCCAAGGCCAACCCCCAGCAGCCAGCACAGCUAGUACAUCCACUCCGUCACCAGGGACAACAUCGCCCGUCCCCCCGGCCUUCAGCUCAGCCCCCUUCUCUCCCACAGCUAUGCCACCUUUCUUCUCACCAUUUAAUACGCCUUUUAUGCCAUCUACAGGUUUCCCACGUCCACCACCUGACUUAUCUCAGCUCAGCACAGAAGAUCUGCGGGCAAUGGAGGGUAACGAGCGAGCCAACGUACAAGCACGGUUACAGUGGUUACAGGACAUCCAGGCCUUACUGGAUGGAGCCAUGUUACUUAUCAACCAGUAUAACACAGUAGCUUCUAGCCUCAGUGUCCCGAGGAUAGGUUUAAAUCAAGCAGCACCUUUACCAAGGAGUUGUACUGUGACAGCAGGAGGGAGGAGCUCUACCACCAUAACCUCCUCCCUGGGGAAGACGGGAGCUAGACCCAAGUCCUCCACAGGAUUCUUCCCCUCCACCCCUGUAACGCAGUCAAAACCAUCCAAUAAGGAAGAUUCAGAGGUAAAGGGAGCCUCAGGAUACACGCCCCCAAAGGAGGAAAUGAUCCCUGCAUGGGUCGACCCACAUGAGGAGAAUCACGUUGAUGACCUGCAUGAGGUCAGGCGACGCAGACUGCAGAAAUUCUCUCAGAGUGAAACCAAAUCCGAGGUGCCUAAAACUACCAGUGACAAUCUAGAUCUUGACUGAAGGCUCAAAGUAGUUCGAACUGAGUGGCCAUGUGAAACACCCCUUGGCACAGGUCUCAUUACCAACUUCUAAAGCCUUUUACGCAAGGUGCUAAACACACAUCCUUCAAUGUAAAUACUAGGUUUAUUUUUCUCUGCUAUGAGGCCUCGUCAUGAGCUAGAUAUUUACAUUCGACAAGACCACACAGAGUGUAGUUGUUUAAUGUGACCUCAUGCUCAUUGUGAGGACAGCAGAUCUGCCUGCAAAAUUAUCUCCCCUUAUGUGCUUGCAGAAGACAAGUAUUUGUAAAAUUUGCUUUAAUAUCAUUGGUUAAUUUAUGAGUGUGUUUGUGAAGCAUCUUUUACUAACUGAAGAACUCUGGAGACAGGUGGUAACCCAUUGAAGCAUUAUACAUGUGUAAAGGUGUCACAACUGCCUUGGCUCUGGUAUGUGAUUUAGAACAACUUAACAAGAAUGUCAAUGUACAUGCAGUAUUGAAACAUAGGUAUGUUAAUUGAAGGAAUGAUUUUUGGACUAAGCUACUAGGCAGAGUUAAUUUUAAAGAAAUAUUGAAAGUGUAGUGUUACUAUAUGUAACCAGUGAUUGUAGAUGUGACACAAGUUGUGUUAUUACAGAUAUGGAAAUGAACUUUUACAAGUUAACUGGGUGACAUUUAUAUUUGCUCUUUUUUUUUUUUCUGCGCAUAGGAUUACAGUCCAUCAAAGCAUUUAAUAAUACGAGUACAUUAACACAUUUUCACAUCAUCUUCCUGAAUUCUACCCUUGAAGCACUUAUUACAUGCUGUCUUUGUUAUAAACCUUGUCAAUAUAACUGAUCUGUGAGGAUAACAGUGGCAGUUAAUAUAAGAUUUGAAAAUAAUACAUACUGCACAGGUAUGAUGUUUCUGAUUGUGCUUUUGGUUUAUCUUUAUCACAAAAGUGAAAAAAUUUAAAUGUAGGUAUAUUAGAUGUGAAAUUAAAUUUUGUCCUGCAUACCGCAAGUAAAAUAAUUCUGCUUUUCUUCAUCUUAAAGUGAUCUCAUUUAUUUGUAUGCUGUUCAUAUAUUAGUCUUAUAUCCAUGCUCUCAGUACCAUCUUUUGCUAUCAAUAUGUUAAUCUUAUGGAAGAGUAAAAGAUGCUAUUGCAUUACUGUUUUGCUACUGAGUUAUACUGGUAUUGUCUUAGAGGAGAGAUUAUCUCCAUGUGUAAUGUUCAUAAACUUGGAGACAGAUUGAAAUUACCAUUCAUUGUUUUGAUCUGUGAAAGCGAUAAUUGUUAUUGGAGGAUCAUAAACUAAAUCCUCAUCCAAACUGGGUGUAGACAAAUGCUUUUUGUCUCGUAUCAUACAGCUGUAUUUCCCCCCAAGAUUUCCUCCAGAUUCAGUAAAAAUGUCUCCAUUCUGUGCUGAUCAUUAUCUUUAACUUUAUUACUCAAACUGUUUGUCUCAAGGUGUAAGAUCUAAAGCUCUAUUUUCAAUUGGAUAGUAUGACGGUUGUUAUUUGAGUUUCUUUAGAUGGAUUGGGCAGGUAGAGAAGGCAUUUUUUUGCCAUGUAAAUGUGUACAUAGUUUUAAUUUGUCUAGUCUGUAUGUCUGUGAGAGGAGGCAUCCAUGAGUUCUGAUGGGCAGAACAGAUUGUUUGCCUCUUCUGUUUAAUAUUGUACAAAAAUGGUACAGGAAUGAUUUACUCCACGUUGUAUAAAUAGACUGUAAAUGUGAUUAAAUACUCUAAUGUAAAAUA